GUAAAAAUGGCCGACGAUUUAGAAGACGACAAAUGGUUAUAUGGAGAAACUGCAGAAUUAAAUAAUGGCGAAGCUGCUAAUACAGAUUCCCACGAAUCAGAACAGAAAGAGGAGUCUGAAACACCUCAAGAAGAGGAACCUAGACCAAAAGAAAAUGCCGAAGCCGAACGAGAAGAUAGCCCGCUAACGCUGGGUAUUGAUACUGAUGAAAGGGAAAGGCAAAAUGAUGAAACUAAAGAUAGUAUGGAAGAUGGUGAAGUACAACAAAAUGGAGACGAUAGUGAAAAGGAGGACCUCGAUGAUGACAGCGACGAUGAUGUUAAUGUAGUUAUUGGUGAUAUAAAAACGACUACGCCUGCUUCAUAUACAGCUUUAAACAUAAAAAGAGGAGGUUUACUUAGUGCUGUCGGUGAUAAGAACAAGCAAAUUCAGCAACAGCAGCAACCUGGAAAGUUUACAGUGGAAGAAUUUGACCAAAUUGGGUCUAUAAAUGGAGUACUAGCAUCUGAAUUUAAUUUCGAUAGUUUAGAGGAUAAACCAUGGAAAAAGCCGGGUGCUGAUAUCACUGAUUAUUUUAAUUACGGCUUCAAUGAAGAUACAUGGAGAGCUUACUGUGAAAGACAAAAAAGAAUACGAGUAAAUGAUUCAGGUACUGGCUUAGUACCAAUGACCAUGAUGAGUGGAUUGCCCCGUGUUCCUGUGCCAAUAAUGAAUGAUAACAGUAAAUAUACUGGAAAUUUUGCAGGUAACAACCAAAGGAUGCAACCCCAACAGAAUAAAACUGAUCAAGUAACUAAAGUGAACACUAUUCAGGUUAUGACAGCUGAUAGAAGAGAGUAUAGUAGGAAACCAGGAUUUCCAGAUCUCAGUGUUCCUCCGCCAGCUACAUUUGAAAACUUCGAACCGGAAUAUGGAUUUAAUCCCGAACCAGAACCUUUUUAUGGUGCUGGUUAUGAACCGACACAGGACGUUCAAUGGGGCAAUGAACCACCUCCUGCAUGGGCUCCUUCUGAAUUAAAAACAUUGACAGGCCCACCUCCGAUGGGACCACCAUCCAUGCAUAUGGGCCCACCACCGUCGAUGGGAGUGAGGUCACCAAGUACUCGACGUGAUAGUAGUCCUCAUAGAGAACAUCGAGAUCGUGAAAGAGAGUCUAGAAGUCGAUCUGAAAAGCCUAGAGAUCGAGACAGGGAAAGAGAAAGAUCUCAUAGAAGGGAAAGAUCAAGGAGUAGAUCUCGGAGACAUAGAUCAAGGUCCAGAAGUCCCAGUCAUAGGUCUCACAGGAAGAAGAAGUCUAAAAGACACGAUGAUAGUGAAUAGUAGUUGCCGAAUUUUCGGUAUUAGAUUAAGGAAUGUUCAGUAUAAAAAUCUUAAAAGUUUGAUUUUUGUUUUGUAAGUAAAAAAUGAGUUAAUUUUUUAAUGUAAUGUAUUUUAUAAGGUAAUAAAAUCUACCUGAAUGUG